AUGGCUCUAGGAACAAGUGUGCAUAACAAGAUUAUUGGUUGUGUUGUUGGAGGUAUCAUUGGUCUUCCAGUUGGAAUAAUAAUCGGUCUCGUUCCCAUCUUCAAGGCUCUGGAAGCAAAUCAGCGAUACUCCCAGAGCGAGGUUAUCGGAAGUUUUGAGGAAUCGGGAAUUUACGCAAAGAGACACAGUCAGGACAGCAAAGUGUGA